AUGGCCAACCGUAGGACGUUGCUCCGGCGCAACGAUGAGCCAGUCAGCUUCGUCGGACAACCGUUCAUCCUGUGGAUUCCCAAAUACCUCAACAUGAACGACCUCGAGAAAUCUUUCCAGGAUUUUGCCACUGCGAAGCGAGCCAUCCUUGCAAGCGCCGAUGGCGAUAUCCAGGAGCAGUUCAAGAAGCUGAACAUUGCAGAGGAAGACAAGAGCUUGAUGGAGGCUCUGUACGUCGACAUCAUUGAGUCCAUGCAUUUGCACAACGAUGCUGCUUGCAAUGACGCAUUCUGGGAUAUAAAUUCCGGCCCGGGCAACUGCAACAUUCAAGCACCGAAAGUUGUGUCCGAAGACACAUUCACCGUCGGACGACCCAACCAGGGAGAUUGCCAGAACUGCCGUGGCGUCUUCGACAAGACGUCGGACGAUGAGCAUUCGUGCGGCUACCAUCCAGGUGUCUUUGAGGAACACAUCUACAGUGGAGUCAACUGGAAAGGUGAAGACGUGGCGGACUUGGAGCAGUGGACAUGCUGUCUGAACAUCCAUCCCCUGCACCCCGGGUUGCAAGGUUGGAAAGCACGAGCAGAGCGAUUGGGACUCUAUCAAGUGGUGAAGUCUUGCUCGUGA